UUUCUCGGCGUGACGAGGAGAAGGACAGGUGUCGACCGGGCGUCGCGUGGGCGUGGUCGAGGGCAGGGCCAGGUGAAUCUCUCCCGUGAGUCAAACCCUGAAUCAAACGCAGAGCUGCCAGACGGAGCAGAUAGUUGGAGCUUUACGAAUCGGACCUCGCCUGUCUCUGGAGCGGAGACAAAAGCCAAAAAUGAUGCCCGAACCUUUAAAGUCGGCUCUGUCCAUCGGAGACGUGGAGGACACGUCCCUCGCGCUGCCGUCCGACCGCGAGCUGAGAUCCGCGCAGCAGAGAGUCCUGGAGCAGGUCCACACCAUCAAGAGGAGCAAGUCCAAAUACAGCAGCAAAAGCGUGUCUGGACUCACUUCCCCUGCUAGUCCUGAAAGCGACAGUGUGUUCUACGACUUCAAGUUUUCCCCCGGCGCGUCUCUCAGCGGACCCUCGUUCAGCAGAGGAGGAACCAUGACAAACGGGGCUAUGCAAAGGCAAGGCUACGUGCGCCAGUCCACCAACUCCCGUAGCUCCAGCGGUCAGCGGGUGUCCAGUGGCUCCAGCAAGUACGAUCGGAGCCUGUACAGCGCUGCCGGCACCCUCCCGGCCCAAACCCGGACCAGCAACCAGCUGUACAGCUACAACGCCACUCGCAGCGCUCCGGACCUGGGCUUCCAGUCCACCUCCGCCGCUCUGCGCACCCAAAGCGGCCGGCAGACCCUCACCAAGGCGCCCGUCGCCGCUCCUGUCCAGGCUUACGGGAAUGGCAGCGCGGCCAGAAUGCCCAACGUCAAGCGGGCCGCGAGACGGCCGUCUUCCCUGCAGUCCAACGGGGAGUCCAGGCUCUCCGUGAUCAGGACCGGACAGGCCAAGGACGUCUCUGGGAUGAACGCGGAGAAGCUUAUGGCCGAUAUGACGAUGCAAGACGCGGUCGACUAUCUGUUCAGCACGGAUGAGAGCUACCAGCUGUGCGGAGCCGCUUACAUCCAGCACAGCACCUUCACCGACGACAAGGCCAAGCAAGAGGUGAUGACCCUGAAGGGCAUUCCUCCGCUGGUCAACCUGCUGAACAGCCCCAGUCCUCAGGUCCAGGAGACGGUGGCCGCAGCCCUGAGGAACGUGGUCUUCAAAAACCAGCCCAACAAAGAAGAAGUGCAGCGCUGCGGAGGAAUCACACAGGCUGUGCAGCUGCUCGCCGAUAGCAGCUCUGAGACUCAGAAACACCUGACAGGUCUCCUGUGGAACCUCUCCUCUGCGGAUAGCCUUAAACCUGAUCUGCUCCGCACCGCUCUGCCCGUUCUUAACGAGAAAGUCAUAGAGCCCUUUUCAGCAAGUGUAGAUGACAACUCCAACAGCAGCGUGGCACCGGAGGUCUUCUGCAACGCCACGGCAUGCCUUCGCAACCUAAGCUCCUCUAAGCUGGCCAACCGUCAAGCCAUGCGCAACUGCAAAGGCCUUAUCGACUCGCUCAUGCGCUACACCGAGAACGGCUUGAAUUCUGGGACAUCCGACAACCAGUCUUUGGAGAACUGUGUCUGCAUCCUGCACAACCUUACCUACCAGCUGGAGGCCGAGAUGCCGUCUCUCUUCACUAAAAUAAACACGCUGGCCAGCCGCGCUCACAACCGCUCCAGCUCAUCAGACGCCGGGCCGAUCGGCUGCUUCAGCUCCCAGAGCCAAAAACUGCAGCAGGAGGUUCGCGUGAAUGCCGUCUUGAUAUUUCAGACCCUGAGAUAUUGCCAUUGUGAAUUUAGCAAAGGCGUCUCAUUGCCGUGGAUGCCGUCCUUCAGCUUGUCUCGUUUGGUUGUGUUGCAGAGCGGCUUCGACUUUCCGGUGAUGGAGGACAACAAUCCCAAAGGCUCCGGCUGGCUCUUCCACUCCAAAGCCCUGCAGAUGUACCUCAAUCUGUUGAGCUCCAGUGAAAGAGACGCCACGCUUGAGGCCAGCUGUGGAGCGCUGCAGAACCUCACAGCCACUGACGGCAUAGUGUCGAAUGUGUUGAGUCACACGAUCGUCCAGAAGCUCAACGGUCUUAAAUACAUCAGUCCGUUGUUGCAGUCGGCCAAUCCUGCCCUGCAGAACAGCGCAGUCGCUCUGCUCGGGAAUCUGUCCCGAUCCACGCGUACAAACAAAACCAUGGCUCGGCAGACUCUCCCGCAGCUGGUCGGCUUUCUGAACUCAGGCCUGGCGAAAGGAGACUCGUCGCCCGAACACGACAGCACCAUGGCCACGGCUCUUCACAGCGCUCACGCUCUGAUGAAGGCCGACCCCGAGAUCGGCAAGAGUCUGCUGAACAACAGCCUGAUCAACUCCCUCAACAACAUGAGUCUCAAUCUGGGUCUGCCGAAGUCCAGCACUGCAGCAGGAGUUCUUCUUCACAGUCUGUGGUCGGAAAAGAACAUUCAGAGUUUCCUUAAAAAGCAAGGCAUGAACAAGAAGUCCUUUGUGAACGACACAACGUCGGCAGCUUUCAAAUCUCUUCAAGUGGUCGACUAAGAAGCACUUUACAGAUUUUAAUUGCAUUGCAUUUUAAUUUUGGUUAAGUAUUGCAAAAGAAGCGGUAUGAAUGAGCUUUUAUUUCUUUUGGGGAAGUAGCUUUUUGUGCACAGCAAAAACAGGAUUUUAUUUGUUUUUUUCUGUUUCUCGAGAUUAAGAUGAUUUUGUAUGCCUUUGUUUGUCUUUAUAAUAUGUUCUAAGUGAUUUUAUGAGAGUAUUACAGUUUAAGAUAUUGUAUUUUAUACAGCAUGAUAUAUUAUAUAUCAGACCAUCUAAAUACGUGUGUAUGUCAGUCAGCGAGUAAUAGGAGUAGUUCUAGGAAGUUUUUUCCUUUUUCGUCAUUACAAAUACUGUGGCCGUUGCGUUAAGGGUGUGGAUCAACUUGUAUGUUUCAGCUCACAUUGACUUCAAGCAAAGUUUCAAUAAAGUUUUCAACAGCA